ACUCAUCAUCUUCAUCUCACUCACAAUCUUGAAACAUCCUUCCCUAUCUUCUUACAAUGCAUUUCUCCCUCACCACCGUCCUGGCCUUCGCGGCGUCUGCUUCUGCUUGCUAUGGAGGAGGCCAGGCCUGGGGCAACAGCAGGCUUGAUGCUCUUCGUCUCGCUGAGGAACAAUGCCGGGAAUGGAACUGGGUCGAGUUCAAUGGCGGCGAAAACAAAUACGGCUGCAAAAACAUGGGCGGGGGCGUGAGGGUGGAUUUUCGCAUGAGGAACGGAGAUAACGGCGGUCCCCGCCGCACACUCGACUAUGCCACCUGCAUCCAUUUCCUCAAGAACCCAAUCACGAACUGCAACUUUGGCGGCGAAGACAAUGAGGGUGCUUGGAGGCCUCGCGCCGACCCCAACGUCGGCAGCUGCUAAACGCGCCAUUGAUCUCAGCAACAUCUCCUCUUCUAGAAAUGAGGUUCUUAUAUUUUCUUAAACAAACGACACAAUUUGUCUUCGGCUAAGGUCAUGCAUGUGCAGUAGAUAACAUGACCUUCGGCAAUUGCACGGUUUGCUUCAAAGUAUCCGGGCAAGUAAGUGGAUGCAAUACUGUUGGAAGAAGUGUAUGAAGCUCUAACCUUCAAUCAUUGUGGAGUAAUUUUGUCAAUAAACCCUACGCACACUGGCAGAUUUGUCAGAUUUGCACUAUCUCUUGAACAGUCUCUUUUGAGGAUGCAGACUAUCUGGCCUUCCUUCAUGCUGUCAAUUUAUAGAUUGUGCUAACGCACUGUACGAUCGCUGGUUCAUCAAAUGUUUUCGUUUAUGUUCUGGAGAUAAUGCCA